AUUAAACCGGAAGUAGGAACAAUGCUAUUUAAGUUAAUUUAACCCUUUUACCACACCCCUUUAAUUAGAAAUGCCUAGGCUGAGUUGGACUUCUGCAGCCGCCAAAGGUGGAGUGAAGUUGAGAAUACUACAACUCCUUGUCCUGUUUGUUCUUUUAUGCUCCCACAAAUGAGACUAGACUGUCCACAAUGCAAGAACAACCUUCCAUACUGUAUUAUCACUGGUCGUCACAUGGUGGCUGAUGAUUGGUUUGAAUGUCCUUCUUGUCAUUUCCCAGCACGUUAUUCAGAGUUUAAAGGAAUGAUGCUCUAAGAAAAAAGUGGACUGAACAAGUGAAGAGGACUAGAGCUGAAUGGAAGGGACCAACUAGGAACUCAGUCCUUUGCUCAGAACACUUCACUCAAGAUUGUUUUGAAGUUGGAAAAAGGAUGUGCAAAAGCUUUGGAUUGGAGACAACAGCCAAAUUGAAGAAAGAUGCUGUUCCUACCUCUUUUAAAAGGAAAGUAACAGAAGCUCUUGAACCAGCUGCAAAAAAACCUGCUUAUGAGAAGAGAGAAAGGCUAAGGGUUCUUAAAGCUACAAGACAUCUACAUAGAUCAAUACCACCAUCUGAUCCUGCGCUAAUCUUGACUGACAAUUAUAAUGAUACUACACCAGAGCCUCAACCAGAGCAUUUGUCACAGUCUGUAGGAACUCAAAUUGAAAGGAUUGUCACAAGAUCAGUGAAAGUACAGACAGUUUGCAUCAAAGCUCCAAGAAAGCGAUCAGCUAGUACACAGACCAUUAGCUUUCCUACUAGAUCUAUGUGUGACAUUGGAGUGCAAUGUGAUCUGUCAGGAGAGGAGCCUAUACACGUAUCUAAUGAAUCUGAGGAUGUGUUUGAUGAUGAUGAAGAAUUUUUGAUCAGUGACGCCAGUAGUACUACCAGUGAUGGAUCAUACUGUAAUGAGGAAAUGACAGAGUGUGUAUUAAAAGACAACUUGAACUGUAAUUUUGAAAGGAAGUACAUUGUAUGUGAAGGGGCUUUGCUCUCCUUGUUCUCUUCUUGUAAUCACUGUGGAUCAUUUGGUGUAUCAGUUACAAAGCUAGUCAAAGGCACUUUUCUUCGUGUUAAAAAGAAGUGUAACAACUGUAAAACGUUAGCAACAUGGGAUAGUCAACCACUGGUUAAUGAAAUCCCUGAGUGUAAUUUGUUACUUACAGCUGCUAUUUUGUUUAAUGGUUGUUUGCCCGAGAAGACUCUUCGUAUUUUCCACACAAUUGGUUGUGCCACUAUUAGUAGGAGCACUUUCUUUCAUCACCAACGGCAUUUUCUUUAUCAAGCUAUAUUUUAUGUUUGGGACAUGAAACAACAGGCUUUCUUUGUACAACUAGCUGAUGAAGGUACAGCAUUGGUUCUUGGUGGUGAUGGAAGAGCUGACAGCCCUGGGCACUCUGCAAAAUAUGGCACAUACUCUUUGGUGGAACUGAAUCACAACAUUAUCUUGGACAUUCAACUAGUACAAAGUAAUGAAGUCAAGAAUAGCAAUAACAUGGAGCUGGAAGGAUUAAAAAGAGCUAUGACAAAAGUUAAUGAGCAUGGGAUGGAAAUUAGUACCCUGAUUACGGACUGUCACCAACAAAUAAGCAAAUGGCUUCGAGAGACUCAUCCCAAUAUAAGACACCAUUUUGAUGUAUGGCAUUUGGCAAAAGGAAUCAAGAAAAAGGUUAACACAUUAGCAAAACAACAAGAUUGUGAAAUGAUAAGAGAAUGGUCAAAGAGUAUCAUAAACCAUCUAUAUUGGUGUGCUGUUUCUACUCCUGAUGGCAACCAGGACAUGAUCCAUGACAAAUGGCUUUCCUUGAUUAACCAUAUACACAACAAACAUCAUCAUUCUGGACUCUUUAAGAAGUGUCUCCAUGGAAGGAUAUGCAACAGAGCUAAAAAGAAAUGGUUUAAACCACAAUCUAAACCUAGCAUUAAAAUCAUUGAUCUACUGUCAAAAAACCGGCUAUGCAACCAAAUUAAGAAGUUAUCUCCAUUGCACCAAACCUCAGGAAUCGAAGCUUUUCACAGUGUUGUAAUACAGUUUGCUCCCAAAUUACAAGCCUUCUCUUACAAGGGAAUGUUAGCAAGACAAAAACUGGCAGCUUUGCAUUACAAUGAGAAUGGUAACAAGAAGCAAUCCUUUACAAAAGAAGGCAAAGGACAAUACUCGAUUUCAUUCCCGAAGUAUAAGCAGGGUGGUCAUAUUGUUCGACAGUUAAAGACUAAAUCAACCUACAGUUAUGUUAAGGAAUUAAUGGAUACAGUUUUAGAGCUAGCAAAAGGAAAUAAGUCAUUUGUGUCAUUCUUUGAUGACAAUAAUCAUCAAAUAGAGUCUCCUCAGCCACUGUGUCAAGUUAUUGGAGUCAGAGAAUACAUGUCCAUUAUGUUCAGCAGAGAUCUCUUCUGAUUCGAUUCAACUCAUCUCUGAUAUACAGACUAAAUUAAGAAAUUAUUGUUAGAUUCUUCCAUCACUUAUGUUAUAUCCCUUUUCAUUUAUAAAGAAAGCAUGCAGUUAAAGUCUGUGUGCUUUUGUUAAAAA